CUAUUGGUCAGCGACCGCACGAGCUCAAAGCACUUCCUGUAGCGCUUCACGUCGUGAAGAUAACUGCGUUCAUGUCCGUUAAUUAAAGCUCGUUAAAGCUCGUUAAAGCUUGUGUCCCAGCAGCAGGUCAGUGCUGUCCGGUGGGUUUGUUUGUUUACGGUGACGGGACCAUGUGGGAACAGUAACCGUGCACGCGGACCGCUGAAGCUCGAUGUGGAGCAGACUGCUGGGUCCUCGUGUGAUUGGUAGGACAGGUUUGUGUUGGAGGAGUCUCUUCACCAUGCGGCUGAAGACCAGCGAGUUUCAGUCUCUGUUCAACGAUGGACUGAACGGACUAGCAGAGGUGUUUGAGAAGCACCAGCAUGAGCUGAGGAUAGCUGGAGGUGCCGUACGUGACCUUCUGUCAGGGAAGCGGCCAGAAGAUGUGGACUUUGCAACCACAGCGACUCCAGAGGACAUGAAGCGCAUGUUCCAAAGUGCUGGGAUCAGGAUGAUCAACAACAAAGGAGAGAAGCACGGGACCAUUACAGCAAGACUGCACAAUGAGAACUUUGAGGUGACCACAUUGCGAGUGGAUGUUCAGACAGAUGGACGUCAUGCAGAGGUGGAAUUCACCACUGACUGGCAAAAAGACGCAGAGCGGAGAGACCUCACCAUCAAUUCCAUGUUUUUAGGGCUUGAUGGCACAUUAUAUGACUAUUUCAAAGGAUAUGAAGACCUGCAGAACCGUAAAGUUCGGUUUGUUGGCAGUGCUGAACAGAGAAUCCAAGAGGAUUACCUGAGAAUACUGCGUUAUUUCAGGUUCUACGGCAGAGUAGCUUUGGAGGCUGAUGACCAUGAGCCCGAGACGCUGGCUGCCAUCAGGGAAAACGGCCGCGGACUGGCAGGCAUAUCAGGAGAGCGAAUCUGGGUUGAAGUGAAGAAGAUGGUGGUUGGUAACCAUGCUGCUCAUCUGCUGGAGCUCAUCUACAAUCUAGAGCUGGCCCAAUACAUAGGUUUACCACCAGAUGGCAAUGUUGAGGAGAUGAAACGAGUGUGGCAGAAUGCCAAAGGCCACUCUCCAAAACCCAUGACCAUCCUGGCAGCUCUCCUGCACUGCCCCGAGGAGGUGGAAAAGAUGGACAUCCGACUGAAGGUGUCCAGGGAGGAGAAGAGUCUGGCUCUGUUCUUGGUCAAACACAGACGGGAACUCUGCAGGAGCCAAGACGAGCCAGACAGCCUCAAACCCUUCACGGACUUUAUCAUCGAUAGCCGGGAGCUGGAUUCCCAGAGUAAAGUGUGUGAGCUUCUGAAGUAUCAAGGUGAGGAGAAGCUGCUUGCGGAGCUCUGCAGAUGGUCCAUCCCCCGCUUCCCUGUCAGCGGUCACGAUCUGAGGAGGAUUGGCAUCACGUCGGGUAAAGAGAUAGGUUCCAUGUUACAGGAGCUCCGCGACAUCUGGAAGAAAAGUCGUUAUCAGAUGGAUAAAGAUGAACUCCUCAGUCACAUAAGGCCCUGAACGAGCAGAAAUUGGAUUUUUUAAUAAUCCGGACGCGACGCUGUAAUUGUGCUGCUCAAUGGUACUAAAUUAGUACGCAUGUGUGAUACAUGUUGUUUAAAAAAGGACACUACAGGAAGUGUGACAUGCAUGAAUGCAGUUUGAUUCUAAUUAAACCCCAGGGCCACUUGUCACCUGCUUUGCCAUAUAAAUCUGUAGAGGUCCCACGUUUUGCUCUCAGCAUCACGGCUGCCACCAUAUGAGAAAACAUGUUUUGGACAAUGGCAGCUGACUUCACUGUGUGUUAUUACAGACCUGUGUAGUUUAAGUUCAGUGUUUGAACUGGUGAUUUGAUACUGAUGCUCAGCUGAUGCAGGAGGGCAGGACUCAGGGAGGAAUGGUGAAAUAAACCGUCAGAUCAAUAACUAUAGAAAAUAGUUUUCAUUUUUCAAACAAUAUUAGAAAGCAGAAGUUUGGUUUAGAUUUGUAUCAGUUAAUCUGCAGUAUGUUCUUUGUUUUCUGUUUUAUUGGAAAUACUGACAUGGUUAUUCUUUGUUUUAUGUACCCGCACUGCAGAAUAAACAGAUAUAUUUAUUGAAA